GCUGCUGCUAAUUCUUCCCUUACUUCUACAGCGCUAGUGUUACCUUUCUUUUUUUCCUGUGAUUUAUUUUUAACCCUGGCCAGUAAUUCGCCUCUUUUUCUUCCAUAAUCAUGGCUGCCGGUAAAGCAGCGACCUCUUUCGACGAUAUUAUCCGAGCCGGUCGCCAAAAGAAGAAGAAUGAAGAGCUAGCAAGUCAGAUCUUAGGAAAGAACAGGAGAGCUAGCGCGCCGGGCUCCGGCGCUGCUGGGAAGAAGGCUCAGAAUCAGAAUGCGACACCUGGGAGCCUAGCAAGCAGGAUCGGUGUCACAAAGCCUUCUGCAUCUACCAGCUCUAAACCGAAACCGAAACCAAAACCCAAGAACAGCAAACCGGCCGUGUCCGCAGCGCCUCCUGCACCCUCGAAAGCCCCGCGAUCCAAGUCCGGGAACAAACGCCGUCCAGAUGAAGAUCGCUUGAUUUCAGCUCUCAACCCAGCGAAUGGGCAGUCGGCAAUCCGGGAUCACACCGGGGGAAUAAGCAUCAAGGGGGCGAGCUCCGGGCCGUUCGUUGUCAUUGGAAGCAACUUUGCACCUGGUACCACUGCAGCAGACAUUCAAUCAGCCUUAGAACCGGUCUGCGGCUCGGUGAUGAAUUGCUGGAUUAUCUCACAGUACCCGGCUGUGACUGCUGAGAUUACUUUUGCGGAGAAGUGGUCUGCAGAGAAUACCGUCGCCAACUUUCACAACCAAAAGGCCGAUGGUAGGGUUCUUUCGAUGCGCUGGAAGCCAGCUGGAGCAGCGUCAGAUUACAGCCCUCAAGCAUCUUUCAACGACCUCCGUGAACAGGCCGACCGACAACGCCGUAAUCGCCACGCGGACCCCGCGAUACAGGAUGGAACAUAUGGAUUUCAGGACCAUGGACUCUACAGCGACCAGAUGAUGGUUGAUGUUCCGACUCAACCCCGUGGGAGACGGCACCGAUAGACUGGAGGACUACGUAUAUGUUGGUUAGGGCGCGACAGAAACAAAAUGAGACGUGCCAGUGUACGAUUUAAUCUUCUUUGCAUAGCAAUCUCUAGCUGGUGUUAUGGUCUGUACAAAUAUUAAUUCUUGCUUUGUCUUUGGCGAUAUGAUAACGAUAGAAUCACGUGCAUUGGAACUUUUUUGCGGA